AGAGAGAAGUUAAAUACUGGGACCCAACUCAGCCUCAGCAGUACAAGCUGUUCGAAUACUCAGACAACAUGAAGGUACUCUUUCUUCUGGGAUUGAUCUUCCUGCCUAUGGUGGUCCAUGGUAUUCAAUUGGAACGAUGUGAAUUUGCCAGAAGAAUAAAACAGCUAGGCAUGGAUGGCUACCAUGGUAUCAGCCUGGCUACCUGGGUUUGCUUGGUAGAGGCAGAGAGCAAUUUUAACACUGAAGCUACAAACUACAACCCUGAAGAUAAAAGCACUGAUUAUGGGAUAUAUCAGAUCAAUAGUCACUACUGGUGCAAUGAUGGCAAGACUCCAGAUGCAUCAAAUGGGUGUAAUGUUCAGUGCUCAGAACUUCAGGAAGAUGACCUCAUUAAAGCAACAAAUUGUGCCAAGAAGAUUGUAGAUCAACAAGGCAUUCAGGCAUGGGUGGGCUGGCAAAGAAAAUGCCAAGGAAAAGAUGUUUCCCAUUAUCUUUAUGGUUGCAAUCUGUAACCUGCCACCUUUAGGUGCUUCAACUCAUCAUGAUUCCUCUGUCUGUAAAGGAGCUUUUUUCAAAUCUAAUACUGUAUUUUUCUGUCUUAAAAAAUCAUCUUCUCAAAUAAA